CUUAAGAGAAGAAAUUAUAUAAUAAAAUAGAUUUCAAAUAAUAUUCCUUUUACUAAUUUUACUAAUUGUUAGAAAAUAAAAUACUUAUAUUAUUAUCAUGGCUGGACGUGGCAGAGGAAGAGGCAAACCUUCUAUGUCAAUUAGCACAGAACAAUUGGGUUUUACUAAAGGAGAAGCAUUACCACCACCAGUCUUACAACCUCCACCAAAAUAUCCUUCUUUAGAAUAUAAACCAAUGUCAUUAAUUAUUAAUACAGAAAUGAGUUAUCUGUUAGAAUUAAAGAGAGAAUAUGCAGAAUAUAUGAGAGAAUCGUCUAACAAUGUUUUACCUCUUGUAAUUAAAAAAGAUAUUGAGAGGUAUUCAGAUCGAUACCAAGAUUUGAUUACGGAUAAAAGUAGUUAUGAGACUAGAUACGAUUGGAGCAGAAUGCCAGCAGAAUUAAAACCUCAGCUAAGAAAACGUAAAGGACAAAAAUUUGAGAAGCCAUUGAAAAAGCAAAAAAAUGUUGAUGUUGAGUCAAAGUUGCAAGAAUUAGAGAAAAAAGAAAGUUCACAACAAAGUGAUACAGAAGAAGAGGAAAAGGAAGAAGAAGAAACAGAAGAAAAAGAUGAUGAGCACGCAGAAGAUGAAGAAGAGGAACUGGAUGAGGAAAUGGAUGAAGGAACUGAUUAUCUUAACAAUUAUUUCGAUAAUGGAGAAGGUUACGACGAUGAAGACGAUAAUUUAGAUGAUGGACCUAUUUAUUAAGAUAUGACUUUUUAUAAGAAUCGGAAAUUAUUCUUUGUUUUCAAUUAUUGGACUAAAAUACUUACAAGUUAUUAAUUGAGCAUUGUAUGGCAAUAUGUGUAUAUAUAUAUUUUACCGAAUCAUGUGUUUAAAUAAAUUAUUUCAAUCAAAUCAUUUCAUAUUAUAAUGAGAUAGAUAUACUCAUGUAUAUUUUUUAUUUUUUAGCAAUUAUAUUUUUUAAAGAAAUUGAUAAGGAUGGUAUGAUGUAUUGAAAAAAAGGAAUUAAUUCUUUUAGAACAAUUAAAACAGUCCAAGGUCACAGGAAGCGUCGGCGUGUUCUUUAUUACGAGUAUUUCAAUUUCUAAUAUAUAAUAUAUAUAUUUAUAUAUAUAUAUAUAUAUAUAAUAUAUAUAUAUAGCCAUAAUAAUUUGCAAUUAUUGUAAUAAAUGAUUCUCCUCUACGAUGCAAUCGGAGAGUAAAAACGCAAUUUUGGACGAGAAGGGAAUGCGCAAAAGUACCGUAGUGUUACGUAAUGCUUAACAUUUAUAUGCUCGUCGUGAUAGUAAUUCUUUUUUAAUAUCUCAUAUUAAGUAAUCAUUUUCUUUCCCUUUGGUUUGCUUUCGUUUUUACAAACAGUGAAUUUUCCUACAAAGAUCAACAUCGGUCCCAAUACAUGCACAUUGAGUGUGGGAAAGGGAUAUGAGAAAAAAAAAUGUGAUCGUAAAAAUUGAACUCCUGAAAUUUCCAGCCGCACGUUAUCAAGUUUUUGUUACUUAUUAAUUAUAUAAUUUAAUGUAAAAUAUCGAAAUAUUGUUGCGUUAUUUUCGGAUUCAACACUAGAAAAAUAAUUAAAUUAUUUGCGAUAAAGUGGAAAAAGUUAUAUUGAUAUAUAGAUGUUAUCACUUGGCAGUUAAUCGAAUCAUUUAAAAAUUCACUAGUAUAGCUUAAAAUUUCCUUUAAUUUUUUCUUGAUGAAAUGAUUUUCUCUUAAUGAUUUUAUCAUCUUUAUCUCGUUGAUUAAAUAACAAGAUGUUACAUUAUGAUAAAUGAUUCAAAUUCGAUAUUUUGUAAUAAAUGAUUACAUAUUGAUUUAAGGAUAUAGAAUGACAUAAAAAAAAAUAUAUUCGAAGAAAAGUUACAUAUGUAACUUUUUGCUAUUCUCAAUAAUAAUUUCAACUUUGUAAUUGUAAAUUUUUUUCAAUCUGUUUUGUAAAAUACGAGAAAUCUCGUUAUAUUUUAUUUCUUAAUUAAAUCAAUCAUGUUUUCCUUUCAAAAAAUUUUUUUCUAAAAAAAAGGAAAAAGUAAGGAAAAAAGAUUUACUUUUAUUACUAAAUUUAAUAUUUUAAAAAAUUGAAGAAUCAAUCCAAUCGAUGAAAAAAAAAUUAAGAAAUAAUCAUUCACGCUAUUGGUAUCAUAAAGCAUAUUCAUCAUUGUCAUUAUUCUUAUAAUAAUUGACUGUUAUACGUAAUUCUCUUAUUUUGACAAAACAGGCUUUACUUCGAUUUAUCUUCUCAAUUUUUUCAUAAAUAUUAUUGUUGUUUUAAUCUAAUGUUAUUUUUCUUUUAUUCGCUUGUUUUUUUCUAUAAUAUACUAUAUAAUGUAUAUAUAAAUAUAUUUUUAUAUAUAAAUAUAUAUAUAUAUAUAGCACAAUCUAUCUAUGUAUUAAUAGGCAUAAAGACUGAGGCGAGAAUACAGGCGAAAUUCUGAAACAAUAAUCAUUCCAUUUUGUAUUUUUUUAAAUAUUUUUGUUUUCUUGUUUUGAAAUAAAAUGAUUUUCGCGUAUUUCUUACCAUCAGAGUCUUCAAUAGCCAAUUUUUUUUUAAUUGUAAAAAAAGAUCUUCUAAAAUACUAUACUUUUAUUCAUAGUUUCUGUUUUGAAUCUUGAUUUGUUGAACGUGGCCAGCACAUUCAUAUUUGUCAUUUCUUAUAAGACCCAUUUGAUGAUUUUGUAAUCAUUAGUAAUAAAGUCCCAGAUCUGUCUACAUAUGAGAAAUGAGAAGAAAGGCUUGGAGCAAUGGGAAGGGAAGUGUUGAAUUGAAUAAAUUUUGGUAAAGAAAACAACUAUACGAAAUAAUAAAUCGUUUGUUUGAUUAGAAGGAAGAUUUAUCGUAAACUUUUGGUUUUUGAAUUUCCAAGCCUUUUUCUUAAACAUAUCAUCUGUACUUGUUAGAUAUGCGUAUAAUUAUAAAGUAAAACAUAAUAUGUUGAACUUUUGCCUGUCAAGACAUUAUUUAUAGUCUUGUGAAAAAUCUUAAAAAUGAUUACCAAAUCGCACUCGAUUAUCUAUCAAAUAGAAAUGAAUAAAUAUUUUAAUUCAAAAUGAAUAAAUAUUUAUUUUGUUUCGCAGUAUUCAUUAGGAUCUUAUUUCGUUUGAAAACAGGGAGAAUUAUUUUCCUUCACUGUGUCUACAUGUGUGUUUCAUGAUUUAUGUUUCAAAUCGAGAUUGAAUAUAAUGUACAUAGUAGCCCUAUAGAUGAUGAUGUGUGACGUUCUGGAAAUCACAGGACAAAUCAGCUUCUAAAUUCGGAAAGGCAGUGUAAGCUUCUGCGAGGUGCUUCUCCAACAUAUUUAAAACGGUUACUAGCCUUGUUGAUUAACGUUUCCGUCUCCGUUUUUAUAGGCUUACACCAAACUGUUCAAGCUUUCUUUCUCUCUUUUUGCACUCUUUUUUUUUAUUUUUUUUGAUAAAAUUUAGCUAAGAAAAUAAAAAAAA